UUGGCUGAGGAGGCUCGGUGUAGGCGGGACAGUGACUGUCAGCUCAGCUGUUAGUCAGGGAAAUGUUUUAAAUAUAUAUAUAUAUAUAUAUAUUUCUGCGUGUCGUAAUACGUAGUCACUACAGGUAUCUCGCUUUCUUGUCUCUAUUUGAACAAAUAUUAGCCGGCUGGUUAAGCUAACGUUAGGUUGACUUGCUAAGUAACGUUUGUACUGUUGGAACAGCAGCACGGUGUUUUAGGUUUACAGAGACGUUAACAGAGGAUGCUGGAGUCAAUAAAAGUGACAGAAAGACUCCACUGGCCAGAGGUAGAAAUGUCCAAAAAGUACAUCUUAAACUCAACUGACGAGGCACUGAGUCCAAGCCAAGUGUACCUGGAGAAGAUAUCUUCAGCUGUCCUCAAAGACCUCUUUAGUGCUGGCUCCAGCAGCUACAACGUCCUGCUGCAGGCUGAGGAGGAGGAGAAGAAGAGCCCGAAGCAGUCCCCGUACAAAAGACCAAAACCAUCAUUGAAAUCUGGCUCCAUGUUUAGUAAAAGAAACCGUCCAGGCAUGGCUCCUAAAAAGGUGCGUGCUGCAGAAGGUGGCAGUAAACCCGCACAGGCAAAUCGGGUCUUCUCAGGCAGCUAUUCCAAUGUCCCGAAACCAGCACGGAACAUCGCAGUCGUGGGCAGCACCAUGGGCCUGACCCCUCGCGCAGUUCCACAGCUCAGAAAGGCGUGCAUCCCCAAUUCCCCUCGCACUAAACUUCCCUCGUUGCACAAAGCAGCGAUCGCGCGGGAAGUGGAAUAUGCCAAGAAGCUCUGCAUCCUUUCAGCCAUCAAGCCAUCUAAUGUUGAGAAAGAGAAGGCCAAAUUUUUUAAGUCUGACUUCAACUACAAUCCACAGUUUGAGUACAGCAACCCUGUCUCUCCACUUGUCCUGGCCCGGCAUAACAAUGCCUCAGACCAUUUUCUCACACAGGCAGUGCACAUCAUGGAGCUUGCCCUGCAGCGAUAUGGCAGCUAUGAGAAGUUUGAACAGGUCACUGGGGGCAACCUCCUCACCAAGAGUCGCAUCUGGCACAACGUCAAAAAAUACAUGGAGAAAGAAGGUUGCUUGGGGGAGAUUGUAGUCCAGGUGACAGAUGACCUUCUGUCCAGAGCAUCCAUGACAGUGGUGAAUGGCAGACCCACAUUGACCAUCAACAUCUCCACUGCCCGGGAGCACUGGCUGGAAGGCAUGCUGAGGCAUGAGAUUGGCACACAUUAUUUCCGUGGCAUCAACAACUGUCACCAGCCGUGGAGCAGCAGCGUGGGCAGGAAGAAGCACAACCUGAAGCCUCUGAACCCCACAGAGGAGGGCCUGGCCAGCAUCCACAGUGUCCUGUUCAGGAAAGACCCCACUCUGUGGCGCGCCGCCCUGCUCUACUACACUGUCUACCAGGCCAGCCGCAUGUCUUUCUCUCAGCUCUUCCACAAUCUUGGACGCUUCGUCCAGGACCCCAACACCCGCUGGGACUACUGCGUCCGAGCCAAGAGAGGCCAGACCGAUACAGCACAGCCAGGAUGCUUCAGUAAAGAUCAGGUCUACCUGGAUGGUAUCCUGAAGAUCCUGAGAUACAGAGACAAGAUCAACUUCUCACUGCUAAUGGCUCUAGGAAAG